AAUUUCCCUGGUACUUUUAACAUGAAAUCGCCAUUCAGCUUGUGUUUGUUGUUGUAUGGUGCUCUUGUUUAUACAGAAAACACCACCAAAAAGCACAAAGUACCUUUCCAUAAAAGAUUUUAUUCAGAUUUAUUUCGCAUGAGGUCGAUUGUUAUUCUUGGACAAGUUCCACACAACGCAAAUAGAUUUAGCAUCCGACUGUGUGUAAAAAAGGACUGUAUACCAAAUGUUGCUUUAUUGUUUAACCCAAGAUUCAUUGAAAGGAAAACAGUAAUGGCACGAAAAAUGGGUCAGAGUUGGUCAAACAUACAAGUUGAGAAAGUAAAUCCUUUUAGCAAGGGUCAAAGAUUUCAAAUGGUGAUUAAUAUCAGGACUCUUGACUAUGAAAUAUAUAUUAACAACAAGUAUUUCGCCAAAUACCCGCAAAAUUAUCUCCACUGGGAAAUCGGAUACAUCAACGUGCGUGAGGAUGUUACUAUAGAUGAGAUCCAGGAAAUUAGUCAAGAACUUGUGUUACACCACACUCUACAACCAGGAGUCAAAGUUAGAUGGGAUGCAACAAUAUCAGAUGCAGAAUUUAAAAUGUAA